CAUAUGUAAUUUACAUGAGAAACCUGAACCUUCCAUUUGCCUGCUGACCCAUGAAGUUUCCCUCUCCUCCUCCUCCUUUCUUUUAUUAGUAGUAGAACUCCUGGUUGUGCUCAUUAAAUUACAGAACCAGAUUCUCCAUCUCUCUCUCUCUCUCUCUCUCUCUCUCUCUCUCUCUCUCUCUCCUCUCUCUAUCUCUCUCUGUUUUUCUUUCUAGAUUUGACCUGGAGAAUUGUUGAGCCAAGAGCCUAUUGCCAUUCUUUUCAGGUUCAAGAUCCAUAUUUUCUUGAAAUGAGUGCAGUUAUAACUAUCCAAUGAUUUUGUUUGUGGUGUGACAGAGGAGCUGUGGAAGUGUCAUAACUGAGCUCUGAGGUCCACAAAGUUUGCAUCUUUGUGAAAAUCCCAAAUCUGGGCUGCCAUUGAUCCCUUUGGGUUUUGAUUGUGUGUUCAGAAGAGGAAUGGCACCAAGCUCUGUAGUGGUGACUAUUGAGAACUCCAAGAGCAUUUCCCUGGUGGAGAUCAACGAUUCGAAUUCGCCCGCCUUUCGGGAUAAACAGAAGGCUACAAACCCAAAGACAUUCCUUAUUCUCAAAGCCCACAGAGCUCUAGCUUGCCUUCCAUGGCUGGCCACUGGUUUGCUCACAACAUUUUCUUCUGUCAAGAAACGCAUUGCCUUGUCUGAUACAGAUGAAGAAGAUCCCAGGUAUAGAGGGAAGUUGUACAGGUUCAUUAGAGGCUUUCUUGCUGUUUCUGUGGUGGCUUUAAUUCUGGAGAUCAUUGCAUAUUACAACCAAUGGGAUUUGAGUCACUUUGCUCUGGUCAAUCCUGGAGAAGUUCAGAAUCUUCUGCAAUGGACUUAUAUGGCCUGGUUGUCUUUCAGAGCUGACUAUGUUGCUCCCUCCAUUGUCACACUUUCUAAGUUCUGCACUGUUCUUUUCCUCAUUCAAUCCGUGGAUCGCUUCGCGCUUUGUCUCGGCUGUUUCUGGAUUAAGUACAAGAAAAUCAAGCCUGUUAUAGAUGAAAAUGCAUAUGAUCCUGAAGAUGACUCAAGUUUCCCUAUGGUCCUUGUACAGAUUCCUAUGUGCAAUGAAAAAGAGGUUUUCGCGCAAUCAAUUGGAGCUGCCUGCCAACUGGAUUGGCCAAAAGACCGGUUUCUAGUCCAGGUCUUGGAUGAUUCAGAUGAUGAAGCUUUGCAGCAGAUGAUCAGAAAUGAAGUCCUGUCAUGGAAAGAGAAAGGCGUAAACAUAGUGUACAGACAUCGGUUGAUCAGAACAGGAUACAAAGCCGGCAACCUUAACUCUGCAAUGGCCUGUGAAUAUGUCAAAGACUAUGAAUUCGUCGCAAUCUUUGAUGCAGACUUCCAACCCAAUGCUGAUUUCCUUAAACUCACAGUUCCUCAUUUCAAGGGGAAUCCAGAACUAGGACUAGUUCAAGGCAGAUGGUCAUUCGUGAACAAGGAUGAGAAUUUGCUCACGCGGCUUCAGAACAUCAACUUGUGCUUCCAUUUCGAGGUGGAGCAGCAAGUGAAUGGCCACUUUCUCAAUUUCUUUGGGUUCAAUGGAACAGCUGGAGUGUGGAGAAUCAAGGCCUUGGAGGAGUCGGGAGGAUGGCUCGAAAGGACUACUGUGGAGGACAUGGAUAUCGCGGUUAGAGCACACUUGAAUGGCUGGAAAUUCAUAUUUCUAAACGAUGUUAGAGCGACCUGUGAGCUGCCAGAGUCGUAUGAAGCAUACAAAAAACAGCAACAUCGUUGGCAUUCCGGUCCAAUGCAGCUCUUCAGAUUAUGCCUUCCUGCCAUUUUGACUUCCAAGAUAUCAAUUUGGAAGAAGGGCAAUCUGAUAUUCCUCUUCUUUCUUCUCAGGAAACUCAUACUUCCCUUUUACUCAUUCACUCUCUUCUGCAUCAUACUUCCCCUAACAAUGUUCAUCCCAGAAGCCGAAUUACCACCUUGGGUGAUAUGUUACAUUCCCAUUGUCAUGUCCAUCUUGAACAUCCUUCCCUCACCAAAAUCUUUCCCCUUUCUCGUACCCUACCUCCUCUUCGAAAACACCAUGUCGGUCACCAAGUUCAACGCCAUGGUCUCGGGCCUGUUCCAGCUAGGCAGUGCCUAUGAGUGGGUGGUCACAAAGAAGACAGGCAGGUCAUCUGAAUCAGACCUGCUGGCAUUUGCUGAGAGGGAAUCCAAGAGCCUCCAGGGGGACAAAAUCACGAGGCGGCUCUCGGAAUCAGGGCUCGAAAUGUAUGGCAAACUGAAGGAGCAAGAGCAAGAGGUCCCAAUGGAAACCAAGAAGAAGAAGAAGCAGAACAGGAUUUACAGAAAGGAACUAACACUUGCUUUCCUUCUCCUCACUGCUGCUGCAAGAAGCUUAUUGUCUGCCCAGGGGAUCCAUUUCUAUUACCUUCUGUUCCAAGGUUUAACUUUCCUUGUUGUGGGAUUGGAUUUGAUUGGGGAACAAGUGAGCUAAAGAUACAAACAGAAAGAAGGAUGGCCUGUUUAAUUUGGUCCAUCUUUUUUGCUUCUUCUUCUUCCUUUUUCUUUUUUGGAGUAUUGUGUUACAGCCAGCUGAAUAGCAGAUAGCUUUACAGGACAACUCAAACAAAGUAGCAUACUUAUAUUCUUUUCUUAAAUUUAUUUUUCAUCUGUGUAAUUACAAGUACCUCCACUAUUCUUAAUAAUGAAUCAAUGCAAGUGUUUCAAGUA